UAGUACAAGUGGCAUACGGAAAUAAAUGGCAUGUAAUGGGGAUGUUUAACCGGUUACCGCAGCUGUUUUCGAGAAUUCCGCUCCGUGAAUUUGUCAUUUGAUGGCCAAAACAUAUAAUUGUAUCUACUCUGUGAGUGGUGUUUGAGCUGUACGAACUACCAGCAACGCAUUCACUGGACGGUCACCAGUGAAAUUAGUCACCGGUGACUCCAAAACAUUUGAAGCUGCAUAGCUAACCGUAAAAGAUAUAAAUAUGUAAACAAAACAGCUAGCUAUCGUUAAUAUACUGACUUCUUUUAUAUACAGACAAUGCUUUUUGUCAUGAAUGGACAACGACUCACAAAGCUGACUUGGAGUCAACAACUAGCGGACAACAUUUCCUGAGGUUUAGUUUUUUAUAACAAGCUACUUUCUGAUGGAGCUGUCUCAGAGGGAGCGUCUGUCAGAGCUGGUGGAGGAGCUGACCACAUCAGGACAGUUGCUUCUCAACCAGGACAAGAUGAAGGAAAUCAAGAAGAUCUGCAAAGUGUCUAGUGACUGCAUCGACCAUGUGUACCACUCAGUGAUGGCCCAGCUCAACCAAGAACAUUGUGAGGUGCGGCUGUCAGCCUUCCAGAUAGCCAGUGAGCUCUUCUCCAGAUCACACCACUUCAGGACGCUGCUGGUGGACAACUUCCAGGAGUUCUUGGAGCUGACAGUAGAGACAGACUCUGAGCAGCCCCUCCCUCCUCCUAAAGAAGUAGCCAGGAAACUGAGGAAACUGGCCAUACAGACUGUCCAGUCAUGGCAGGCCUCUUAUGGGACAGCUUAUAAGAAAUUGGCACUGGGCUACCACUUUCUCAAACAAGUGAAGAAGGUGGACUUCCUGGAUGUGGAGGCCAGGACAGUAGCAGAGAGGAGGAGAGAGGAGGAGAGACAGGGGAGAAUGGAGAGGAUCUAUAAGGAGAGAGUGGAGGCGGCUACCAAAGACAUGGAGGAGCUCUAUCAGGAAAUUGAGGCAACGCUGACAGAGAUGGAAUCCUGUAUGAGACUACUUCUCCCUGACUGUGGACUCAUAGACACCCAGACAUUCAAUAGCAGCCCCUCAAACUCCCGACCAACCAGUGAAUGUCCAUCAGAUGGCGAACAGCCCUGCUGCAGCAAAGAUGGAGAGGAUGAUAGGAAUGGGGAAGAGAUUGAGAAAGGGGAGGGAGAGGAGGAAGAAAAUGAGGAAGAGAGGGAGAGCAGUAGAGAAGAAGAGGAGGACGGGCCUUUUGGUGAAAAUGUGUUUAUUCGGAACUCGGGGCUCAUCUCUCACUCCUACAGUCUGGACCUGAACCUCAGUCCUGGUCUACAUAUAAAGGAGACGGAGGAUAAUGAGGCAGUGGUCUCCACAGUCAUAGACCUCCACAGACUGAUAACAACCAAACACCUUCCAGCUGUGCAGGGCUGGGUUCAGGUCUUCACCAGGGCAGGUGCUGAGCAGCAGCUGUUGAGGAGAGCGCUGGAUCUGAAGAGAUCUUUAGAAGCAGUUCUGCGGAAACACACAGAGCUGCACAUUGACUAUAAGACCAGGGCCCGCAAAGUGAUGAAGGCUUCUUCAAACAGAGAGGAGGAGGAGGAGGAGGAGGAGGAAAAUGAUGAUGAUUUUGAAGAAGUUCCAGAGAAAGAGGGCUAUGAGCCGCACAUUCCAGAGCAUCUACGAGCUGAGUACGGUUUGGAUCCCUCUCCUUCUACCUCAGCAGCACCUGUCACAGGAAAACCUCCUGCUAAGAGACCUGCAGCUCCACCCCUUCAGUCUUCCUACUCCUCUUCCUCCUCCAGGCGGCUGAAGCGACACACAGAAGAGGAGCAGGACCCAACCUGUGCAGCCGCCACACUGCGCAUCCUCAGGCAGAACCUCCUUGUGCCUUCAGAAUCCAGCAGUAGCAGCUCUUCAGGUCCCAGUUCAUCUCAGUCCACUUCAGAACAGAAGCCUGUUGAUGCUCCUGUGGUUCCAUUUGGUUUGGACCUGUACUACUGGGGCCAGGAGCAGCCCAGCGCUGGCAAGAUCAUCAAAGCGGCCUCUCAGCAUCAAUUCUGGGUUCCCGUCGAGGUGGAGGAGGAGGUGGACAAUGAGGAGAUGCUGGCAGAGAGCAGGAGCAGGUACAUCUCCUUCCCUGGAUGCUUCACUCCUGUCAGCCAUUACUGUAGAGCUCCACUGGGCAAUGGAAAGCUGUGUCAGAGACAGGACCGGCUCAAGUGUCCUUUCCAUGGCCGGAUCAUUCCUCGUGACCAGGAGGGUCGACCCUGCAGGCAGGAGGACCAGCUGAGGGAGAAGCAGGAGGAGAGGAGGAAGAGGGAAGAGGAGCAGCCUGACUGGCGUGAUGCAGAGCUGAUGCGAGACAUUGAGGUGGCAACAGGAGAAAACCUGGGUUCUGACAGAGUGGGUAAAAAAGGCAAAGGGAAGAAGAAGAAGAAGUAUCCCAACCUCAGCGAUCUGAAGCAGAGCGCCAACACGGCCCGUUCCAGGCUGGAGAAAAAGGUCUUCAGCAAGAGCGCCAUGCGCAGAGUCGCUCAGGUGAUGAGUAAAGCUGACAGAAGAAAACAUGAAAAGUUCUCCAACCAGUUCAACUAUGCUCUCAACUGACCUGCAGCCACUUCAAUGUGCCCUUUUUUCACUUGUUUGUUUAAAAAUACUUUUGUACAGGAUUUUAAAUUAUUCAUGUGCAAAGUAAAUGAAUCUGAUUAUCAGAUAAACAUGACUGAGUUGGUCUUCUAAACACAGUUUUAACACUAUUAUGCAGUUGGAAUGAUCUCACUUGGAUUUUUAGGAAAAAUGAGUACUGGUUUAAUAUGAGGUCAUUAUCCAAAUGUAGACACGUACCUCGGAAUGAGUGGGUUCUACCUCUGCUGACCGUACAUGUGCAGCUUCUGCCAUUCUGACAUGAUGAAUAAUGAUGACAUUUCCUUUGGUCAUUUGUCAGCCACAUUUUUCACCUUUGUAUUUGCCAAAUCCAACUUUCAUUCUGUACAACUGAGUUGUUUUGUCUAGUUGAGUGUCAUUUAUUUCUAUAUACUCUGUUUUGUGUGUUUUCUUUCUUUUUUGGGGGGGGGUAGGUAGACUUACGUGUGGUAAAUGAACAUCGUGCAGGUUAACAACAUUUGCACCAGAAGUAAAGUGCAAGUCUCUCAGCCUGCUGCGGUUGUGUCCUUUGUGUCCUUGUCCUGUCCUCCACUUUAAUGAGGGGAGUUCAAGGUUAAUUUGGCACAUAAACCAGCAGCACAGUAUUGACUGUUCCACUGCUUAGAAAAUAAUUGAGAAUGAAAGUGAUCAUUAGUCAAUAAAUUCAGGUUCAUAUUUGCAUUUUAAUGUGGUAAAACUCAAAGCUUAGCACUACAUUGCUUGUUCACCUCAAAUACAAGCAACAGGAACUUGGUCUCUGCACUUAAAGAAGCAGUUUAGUGUGGCAGUUAGUCAUACUUAAGACUUUAAAACAACAAUGGCUGAAAUGGAAGCAUCUUGUAUGGACUGGUAGUCCCUGGAUCAAAUAUUCCUGCCCAGCAAACACCAAAGUCUUUUAAACUUCAUGCCUGCAGUCUGAAAAGUGUUUUCCUAUAAAUUUGCUAUCUCAAACCCCAAGAUCAGAUUACUUGACCUCACAAAGGUCCUGCAGAUCCACAGGAGACAUAUAUGACUGUUUGUACAGGCUGAGCAAAUCCAUCUUUACCCUUUAAUGAAUGCAUUAUCACAUUGGGUAAUUAAAGAAAUGCACACUAUGGUAAAAAUGUGGGUUACCAUGCUUUUGCAGGCUGAAAUGCAAUGUUACACUUACCUGUGUGGGGAAUGUGUAAAGCAUGCAAGCACCACUAGAGU